CAGUUGCGCUGUAACACGGACACAUUAGUAUGUGACACAGGAGAGGAACCAUGCGGACGCAAUGGGGUCCGGCUCCGCUGUUGCUUUGUAGGAUUUGUUCUUAAAACCCAAAUUCGUUGUUGUUAAUAUAUACAUAUAUAUAGUGUAUUAAAAGUUAUUUUAUUGACUUAAAUUGUACGCAUAACGUACAAUCAUGGGCAAGUCAAAGACCAAGAACCAGAAAAAGGCCCGAGCAGAAGCCCGUCAGGUGGCGGAGGAUGCGUACGGGUCUGUCCCCCAUUCCUUCGUCUUCCACCGGGGAUUGGUUGGGAAAAACGUGGGUCAGCUCAUCACGGAUAUCAGGGAAGUCAUGCAGCCUUACACUGCUGAGCAAUUAAAGGUCAGGAAAAAGAAUGUGCUGAAAGACUUUGUAGACAUAGCGGGACCGUUGGGAGUGACGCACUUCAUGAUCUUCAGCAAGUCGGAACACAACCUCAUGAUGAGAGUGGCUCGACUCCCCAAAGGACCCAUGCUUUAUUUUAAAAUGCUCAAGUACACGCUCAUCAAAGAUGUGGUUUCAUCUCUGAAGAAGCACAGGAUGCACAAGCAGCAGUUCAAGCACCACCCGCUGGUCAUCCUCAACAACUUUGGAUCUUCUGGCAUGCACAUUAAACUGAUGGCCACCAUGUUCCAGAACAUGUUUCCCUCCAUUAACGUGUCCAAGGUGAGCCUCAACACCAUCAAGAGGUGUGUGCUGCUGAAUUACAACCUAACGUCGCACGAAAUCGAAUUUCGGCACUACAGCCUGAAGGUGGUCCCUGUGGGCAUGAGCCGCGGGGUCAAGAAGCUGAUGCAGGAGAAGUUCCCCAACAUGAGCAAGUUUGAGGACAUCAGUGAGCUGAUGAUGAAGGGAGCCAACCUUUCAGAAAGCGAAGGAGAACAGGACGGCGAGCAUAACAUCACAGAGCUGCCGCAGGUCUACUCCGGCCGAGGUAACAUGGCUUCUGGGCAGAGCGCCAUCCGCCUGACCGAGAUUGGUCCUCGCAUGACGUUUCAGCUGACCAAGAUACAAGAAGGCAUGGCGGAGGGGAACAUCCUCUAUCACGCCACUAUCUCCAAGACGGAGGAAGAAAUCCAGGAGAUCCUGCAACGAAAGGAGUUACUCCUGAAGACGAAAGAGCAGCGCCGGAAGACGCAGGAGCAGAACGUGGCUCUCAAAAAAAUGCAAAAGCAAGAGCACAAGAAGAAGAGCCUUGCAGGCAUCAAGAAGAAGACGCAGCAAGCAGACAAGGAAGAGGACAGCGAAGUGGAGGAUCCAGGCAUGCAGGAUGAUAAGCCGGCGGCCGUGGAGUCAGAUGAUGAGGCCGAGUACUACAGGCAGGCUGUCGGGGAGGAGCCGGAUGAAGAUAUGUUCUUUGGAGCCAAGAAGAGGAAAGGCAAAGAUGGAUCUCAUGGACCGGUCAAGAAGAUGAGGAGGUUCUCUACUGAUCACAAAGACAAAAGUGCUAAAUCUCCAAAAAGAACUGGCCCGAAGGGGUGGCACAAAGACCAAAAAACUGGGGAUAGAGAGAAGAAACCUUUUGGGAAGAAAUCCUCCCCCGGUGGAAAGCCAUUCAGAAAUAAACCAAGCGAUGGAGCAAAUAGAUUUGGUGCUAAAAAGAAAUUUGAAGGGAAAAGAACUUUUGGUGGGAAAAUAAAUAAAGGCAAAGUGUUCCAGUCUUCCAAGAGCCAGAAAAACGGAGAGGCCUUCAGGAAGAAAAGUGCUGGAAGAGGAAAGCAAGGACCCAAACAGAAGAAGGGGAAAGGCUGAGCAGAGCUGGUUUAUAUUUUCACACUGUUUAAUAAAUCAUUAAAGACAUUUCUUUCAUUA